GGGAGUUGUUGUAGUAAAAGUGUCAGACGUAGAGGAAUAGUGGACUUUGUGGAAUUAAAUCCCAGUGUUAUACAGUGCAAUCAACCUUUUACGCUUUCAACCUGAUAGACUGUGAGUUCAACGAAAAAGUAUCGCAGAUGAUCUGCAGAAGAAAAAUAAGUAGACUCUAGCGGUCAAUGUAGAUGGCAGGAAUAGGAACAUGUCGAAACAGCUAAUAUGGGAUGAUGUCCAACUACAAAUAGCCCGAAGACAGGAGGAAAAUUUAAUUCCCUUGAAAGAGGAUUUGGCUGAAUGGAUUGACAGAACGUUAAAUAUUGACAUUAUCACUGUAGAAAAUUUCAUGAAUGCCCUUGACAAUGGUGUGAUCAUCUGCAAACUUUCAAAGUUAAUUCAGAAGAAAGCAGAAAACUAUCGUCAAGAAGGUUUAACCUCAGAGGUUGUCCCUACAGUGUCGUUUAAGUGUUGGGAAAACGCACGGUCUGCGUCUUUUUUUGCACGAGAAAAUGCUGAAAACUUCCUCAAUUGGUGUCGUAGGUUUGGUGUACAUGAAGCAGUCUUGUUUGAAUCAGAGGGACUAGUACUACACACUCAACCUCGUACAGUGGUACUAUGUCUUCUGGAGUUAGGAAGAAUAGCUGCAAAGUUUGGUAUUGAACCACCAGGCCUUGUGAAGCUGGAAAAGGAAAUAGACGAACGAGAGUCCUCUGGAUCAACAUUAGCUUCAGACUCGGGAUCCAUUUCCCCAUCUUACUCUCCAGUUCCGAUGUCUACAACGGAAGAAUUUUCCCCGUCUUUACCUCAAACUCCCGUGUGUACACGAGCAGAUUCCCCAAUAUCUGUGGCGAGUGUUGCCAGCCAAGAUUCGACUACAGCGCCCUCACCACCAAGUACACUCCAAUUCAACGGAACACCCACAAAACCUAGAACAAAAUCUUCAGAUUUAGAUAAGAAGGUAAUGCAGAUUGCUGAUGAUGUGUUAGAGGACAAAACCCAGAUCAAGAGAAUUUCUGAAGGUCGCUAUAGCAUUGCUGGGAAAAAUGUUUUCGUCAGACUAUUAAAAGGUCGUCAUGUGAUGGUCCGGGUAGGAGGAGGCUGGGACACCUUGGAGCAUUUUUUGUCUCGUCAUCACGUGAGUGACCCUUGUCAGGUGAAGAUCAUUGACAGAAAACCUUCGUGGUCAGACUUUCAUUCAAGCCCAUCAACGCCAUUAUCCAACAGUAGUGACUCCGAGAGCUUUCUUCACAUCAGAGCCAAGUACAGGAAUUCUCUUUCAAACAUUUCUGCAUCUUCAAAAUAUAAACAGAAAUCACUGGACAGUUAAUUACCAUUGUCAUCAACAGAACAAAGUAUUUAGAACACAGAAACUUUCGUACCAAAGUGGUAAUUUGAUGGUAAUUGAUACGUUUUAAACACCAACUGAUUUGUUUGGUGUCAUUUAAAGUCCCAGAAAGAACAAACCUGAAUAUGUUUAAAAACAUAUUUGUGAAGGUCCAUUUCUGUUUAUAGAUAUAUUUAAAUAAGAUGGUGUGAUUGAAAAAUAUUUCAGUUAAAUCUUUUUAAUUAUGUGAAUGGAACGUAGACACUCCAGAAAAUAAUUUUGCAUUUAAAAGUUUUAUUUAUUUUACGUUGAAAUUUAAAGUUAUGAAUAGGUCAUCAAAUAAGGUAAGAUUUUUAGUGAAUGGAAAAGGGUCCAAUUUUCUUUCAAUUUUAAAAAGUGUGAAGCCUUGAUUAUUCCAAACAUGCUCAACGUGAACGGUGUGAAACUAAGUGAGUUAAUUAAGAUAUAAGGCAUUGUUAUCAAUUAAACAAUACCAUUGUAGUAGAAGUGAAGUUAACUCUUUAAUGUUGGGAAGAGAAGACAAAAUAUCUUUUGUUUUAUGAUUCGUAAUUUUAUGAUAGUCCUAAAAAUUAACAUGUUUCCCAUAAAUAAUAAGAAACUCUAGUCAAUAUAACUGAGUGCUGGGAACAAAAAUUAACUACAUAACGUUUGAUAGGUUAGAUUUAUUAAUUUUCUUCUUUUCACAGACAGUCGAUCUAAGAUGUUAUCUAGCGUUAAAUAAUGUCAAGCCAUUAAUUAAUUUUGGUUUUAACUUGUGACGUUAAGACGUAAAUGAGGUUUCUAUUCUAGUAACUUAGUUUUUAUAACAAUCAUUAAUAGCUAAAUCUGUAUUUUUGAUGCUUGGUGUGUGUGUGUGUGUAUGUGUUUGAUUAGAAGUUUGUUUGCAAUAUUCAACAUUAUACCCUAACUCAUCCAGAGAAAUUGUUUAUGGUGGUUGUUUUCAUUUAGGAAGAAAUACCUUUGAUUUCUGUGAUUAUGUGUAUAACAUGUGAAAGCGCUAAAGCCUAACUUGCUUCGUAUUUUUAGGCUUUCGGUUUAUGUAAAGCAUUAUAGUACAAAUUAUGAAAAAAGUUUGUUCAGCGUAUACUUACACGUAUCAUAACGAGUCCAAUGACUUUUUUUUAAAGACUUUUACUUUUAAAAGGACAAAUAAUUUAUUUCCCCUGAUGGUUACAUUUAGGUAGUAAAAUAUGGAUAUUUAGUUAAAUGAAUGGAACUUAUUUAUAAGUAUUUGACUAUAGGUUCAGCCAGUUAUUUUUAAAAAGUUAUUUUCAAUAGAAAAGAAAAAUUACUAAAUGUUAUCAAUUUUUUAAAACAAUUAACUACUCAAAGUCUUCCUGUUUUAAAUUGUAUACCCAAACUCACCAUAAAAUCUUGAUUGUUUUGAAGACGUCUCUAAAUUAACCACUUUAUUAUUAUAUUGAAUUAUUUGCUCAAUAUUUCAACUGGAAAACUUUUUAGAGCUGAAAAAAAAAAGUUUUUUUAAUCUCUUUUUUUUUAUCUUUAAUCACAAUACAUACAUUUUAUCUUUGAUCUCCUUUCCUUGGGUUUACUUACACGUUAAUCUAAAACGUACUUUCCAUUUGGUUUAUCAAGAAACAGUAAUUACAAAAUAGAAAUGAUGAAACAUUACCACGAAUGGGGAACUUGACGUUUUAAUGACGGUAUUGUAUCUCACCCUGUAUAUGUAGUUACAAUAGCCAUAAAAAUGCUAAGAACAACUUAGUUGCAACGUGCAUUAGUUGGUUAAAUAUUAUAUGAGUUCUAAAAGUUUAAAGAAAGGCUUAGACAUUUGUUUUUAUGAAGGUUUUUCUGAGGACAUCUCGUUUGGUCUGAAAGCUGACUGUGGAUAUUUCUGAUGGUCAGACACUUUAUUAACCAUUUUCAAUAAAUGAUACGUGUAAGAGCCUACCAUUUAACAACAUAGUGGUCAUUGUAACUUUCUUGCAAACGAAAGUAACAUUGAUAUUUGUAUCAAUAAUUACAAUGUCAAAAAAAUGAAACAAUCACCUCGUUUCGACUUUAAACUAAAGAGCAAUAUACGACGUAUUAAAUCAUACUGAAUUAUAAUGUUCAUACCUUGAUCAAGUGACAGAUGCAGUUAAUAGUUGGUAAAUAGUGAAUUUAUUGCAUGAGUUAGUUUCAUUAGUUUUCUCAAACUCAACUUUUGUUGCAAACCACUGUGACUAGUAACUAAUUCAAAAGAUUACUGGUGCUCUAAGUUCAAGUCUUUCUCCUUCUCUAAAUAUGUCAGUUAAUAAACCAAUAGAUCAGAAGUUUGUCUCUCAUCAACUGCCAAAAAAAAUAUAUACUAAGUUGGUAUAAUUAUUUAUUAUAUUUAGGAAUGUCUUGAAAAUUGGGUUUCCCUCUUUCUCCUCAAUCAAUAAAACAAAAAUAUCGAUAUAUAUAUAUAAUUGUAAAAUCCCGGAAUCCACUUUUCAAAUUAGUGGUGGAAAAACGAAAGGAUAUCAUCAGCAUUUUCGAAUGUUCACAAAAAUGACCAAUUGUCAUCAAGUUUGACAUGGAUCGUUUUAAACAUAAACACGUAAGACAGCAUAACAAUUUUAUAUUUAAUACAAUUUGGAAAACUACCAUGAUUUAAUUUACAUCCUGUAUUUUAACAUGUACGUACUUUCUAUUCGAAUGUAGUAAUUACACAAGUUUCCUCUGUUUGAUGAUUAACACAUAGAUAAAUUGAGCUAUUACUUAAUUUCAAUCUUUAAAGUAAACAUUUCAGUAUUUAUCAAUAUU